AUGCGCGGCGACCGCGCCGCUCGCGACACGCGACACAACAAGGAUCACGAUAAUCUUAAGUCAUCACUUAAAAAGGGGAGCAACAAAUCUAAAAAGCAUAGGGUAGUCUUCGAUGAGAGUGCUAAUGAGUUUUUCGAAGCGGAUUAUAUUAUUGUCGUCAGAGAUGAAUGCGGGUAUUCCGAUGAGGGUGAAGGCGACGAAUGCUCCGGCUGUGGAGCCUGCGAGCGCUUCCAGGAGCCGGAGCCUGGGGCCCUCAGCCCGCCCGAGGGUUACAAAGACAUGGGGUUGUUCAACCGAGACGGUACAUUGCGAGAGCAGGCUUGGUGGGAAGCGGGAGAUGUUGUUUUGGUUGGGGAAAGAUCCGGGACUGUUUUCACCCCGCAGCACCUUCAACUGCUGCGUCGGUUGCAGAGGGAGAGGAUGAUGCGUUCGGCUGUAUGUGCUGACUGCGACGCACACACGAUUCACCAGCCCCUCGGUGAGUCACACUCUUCAUGUCCUUGCCAAGGACGGAACCGCUCGGCUGUAACGUCAAGUGUCACAUCCUAUCCUAUAUAUCACACAAUAUCAAAUUCAAGGCAGCCAACGAUAAUUGACGAAAUGAUGUGUUAG